AUGGCCUUUCAGGACCUCUUGAAUCAAGUUGGCAGUCUGGGGAGAUUCCAGAUUCUUCAGAUGACUUUCAUUUUGAUCUGCAACAUCAUAAUGGCUCCUCAUUCUCUAUUGGAGAACUUCACAGCUGCCAUUCCCAAUCAUCGCUGCUGGGUCCCCAUCCUUGACAAUGACACUGUCUCUGAUAAUGGCAGUGGGAUCCUGAACCAAGAUGACCUCCUGAGGAUCUCCAUCCCCCUGGACUCCAACCUGAGACCAGAGAAGUGUCGUCGCUUCAUCCAACCACAGUGGCAUCUCCUUGGUCUGAACGGCACUUUCUCCAGUGUGACAGAGCCAGACACAGAGCCCUGUGUGGAUGGCUGGGUGUAUGACCAAAGCACCUUCCUCUCCACCAUUGUUACUGAGUGGGACCUGGUGUGUGAAUCUCAGUCACUGGAUUCUAUAGCUAAGUUUCUAUUCUUGGUUGGUGUGUUAGUAGGAAAUAUCCUAUGUGGCUGUUUAACAGACAGGUUUGGGAGGAGGUUAAUCUUUAUAUGUGCUUCACUGCAAUUGGCCACCACUGAAACCUGUGCAGCUUUGGCUCCCACCUUCCUCAUCUACUGCUCACUACGAUUCCUGGCAGGGACUUCUUACUCAACCAUUUUGACAAAUAGUGGCUUGCUCAUAAUAGAAUGGACAAGGCCUAAAUUCCAAGCCUUGGCAACAGGACUGUUAUUGUGUGCUGGAGCGGUUGGACAGAUAUUAUUGACAGGCCUGGCUUUUACUAUGCGAAACUGGCAUCACCUCCAUCUGGCUAUGUCUGUGCCAAUAUUUUUCUUACUUGUACCCACAAGGUGGUUGUCAGAGUCAGCUCGGUGGCUGAUUAUGACCAACAAACCCCAGAAUGGCUUAAAGGAACUUAGAAAAGUUGCACACAUAAAUGGAAUAAAGAAUUCUGGAGAUGCCCUAACCAUGGAGGUUGUAAGAACAAUCAUGAAGGAGGAGCUGGAGGUCUCACAGACAAAACCUUUUCUAUGGGACUUGUUCCGUACACCCAACCUGCGUAAGCGGGUAUGCCUCCUAUCCCUCGUGAGAUUUGUAGUAUGGACAUCUGUGUUUGGCUUGCUGAUCAAUUUCCAGUACCUGAGGACUAAUGUCUUCCUAUUGCAGUGUCUUUUUGGUACAAUCACCAUUCCAGCCAAUUUAGUUGGAAUUUUUUUGGUGAAUCACUUGGGGCGCAGAAUAAGUCAACUAUUUAUCAUAUCCCUGUUUGGAAUUUCCAUUUUGGCCAUAAUAUUUGUGCCUCAAGAAAUGCAGAUCCUACGCAUGGUUUUGGCAACUUUGGGAGGAGCAUUUUCUUUUGUCUCUGUUGGCAGUAUUCUUGUGCAUGCAAAUGAGCUACUUCCCACUACAAUCAGGGCAACUGCUUUAGGAGUCAUUGGAAUUGCUGGCAGUACUGGGGCAGCCCUGUCUCCUCUAUUCAUGAUCCUCAGUACAUACUCUGCUUCCUUGCCCUGGAUCAUCUAUGGGGUUCUUCCCUUCCUUGGUGGCCUUAUUGUUCUUCUCCUUCCUGAGACCAAGAAUCAGCCUCUGCCUGACUCCAUACAAGAUGUGGAAAAUGAAGGAAGAGUCUCCAGACAAGCAAAGCAUAAGGAUACUUUCAUCAAAGUGACACAGUUUUAAGGAACUCCAAGAACUGAAAUCUGAUAAAGGAACAAGAUAAGAAAACUACCACUCAGAUUUAUGAUGGUCCAGGUUCACUCUAGAUAUAGCAAAAUUCUUGAUCAAUUAACAAUAUAGCACAAAGUUUGUAUUAAAUUUAAAAUUUCCAUACUCAACUGAUAUGUGUUAUUUCAAUAACAAAAUCAAAGGAAAACAUAACACAGUAAAAUAAGACUUGAGAGAUAUUUUUAUGAUAAUAGACAACUAUAAAGUUUCCAGAUAGGGCAUGGAUGAAUCUUCUUCUAAUUAUUGUGACAUAAUGCUUGCAAAAAUUAAAGAUGGAUAAUUAAUUGUGGAA